AUGCCGCACGCCACGCUCAGCCACGUGCUGGGCCCUCUGCCUCCCCCGAGCGCGCUCGGCGCCGCGCAAAGCGGCAGCCAGCAGGGCGAGUUUCAGGCACAGGAGUCGCCACCAUUGUUCCCGGCGGAUGCGGAUGAUUAUGAUGCUGCCUCUGACGAGCCGAUCGUGCUGCAGCACCGGCCGAGUUGGCUCAACUCGCCGCUUUAUACCUUUGCGACCCUCAAUUCGGAAGUCCCCCAGCCGAUAUCUCAAGAGCAGCUGCAGCAGCAACGGGAAAAGCAGGCUGGCACGUUCAACCCCUCCUCCUCCCAACCCCUUCCCGCCGCCCAUCCCUCUCGCACCUUGCAAGUCGAAUUCUUCCUCUCCUCCUCCCUCCCGCCUAUGGAUGCAUCUAUCAGCACCCUUGCUGACGUGGACGAUUCCUCCCAGCUUCACACCUCCAUCCAGCGCUGCUACAGCCUGCUACAGCCGUCCACAGCCGUACAGGAGCUGAUAGCCAACGAGAACCUGACACGUGUCCAGCACAGCACAGCUGUCUACGUAGAACCUGUAUCCCUCUACCCUCUCAACCCCCUCUGCACAAGCUGCCACCCUCACCACACAGUCAACUGCACCACCCGCCGCCUCAUGUGGUUUUUUCUCGGGCAGCCCGAAGGCGACGCUACAGUGGCGGGUUUCUGGCCGUCGCAGGCGCUGGCUGUGGCGCACACCUUCCACCCCUCCCGCCAGCCGCACCUUCUCCGCGCCACCCUGCGCCGCUCCGCCCUCUGCCGCCCCAACCCCGCGUGGGGGGACGCGCUCCCCCCGCCCAUCCCCCCCGCGGAACCCACUUUGAAGGAGAUUGCAGAGCGGGAGGCGCUGAGGAGGAGUUCUGGGUGGUUUGGCUGGUGGGUGGGGAGAGGCAGGGAGGGAGGCGGGAGGGGCGGAAGUGACGGGAGUGGCAGGAGUGGCGGGAGUGCUGAGAGUGAAGGGAUGGAGCAGGGGGAGCGAGGGGUGGGCGCAUGGGUAGAAUGCGCGCAGCUGGAAGCAGCGGAGCUAUUCACUCUCGCAUCCGCCCAGGGGCUCAUUCACCUGCAGCACUCCCCCCAGGCGGACCUCAUCCGCGCGCAGGCCUCCGCCAGGGGCAGAUCCCCCUGCAUGCGCGACGUGCUGGUCGCCCCGGAGACGGUUCCUCGGGGUGUGGCGCCCGUGCCAGUGGCUGUGGGGGGGGACAAUGAGGGAGAGGGGGCAGCAGAGGGGAGUGGGGAGGGGAGAGCGAGUGGUGGAGUGUUUGAGGAGGAGCGUGGGUUGUGCCAUGCGCCGUUCAUCGUGCCGAUUCACAAACACCGCAUGGGCAGGCAACUGAACGUGGAUGACACAGUGGGACUUGUAUACUGCGAGCUGCAAAAGGUCGGAUCCACCAGUUGGAAGUUUUGGAUUCGGCAGCAGCACCACCACCCCCACCCCAACCAGUUCCCAGAAGCCCAACUCCCAGCCACCAGCAACAUCACCGAGGUCUGGUAUUCGCUCUCCGAACCUGACGCCAUCCGAGCCAUCACCCGAACCGACUACACCAGGUUCGUGUUCGUCCGCCAGCCAUUCACCAGAAUCGUAUCUGCGUAUCUCAACAAGCACGUGACGGGCGGCGGCCCCAAGGAUUACGGGCGGCGGUUCUGGGCGAGAAGAUUUUUCGGGCAGCUUUGGAUGCUACGAGCCAGGGACCGGCUCAGAUAUCGGGGAAACGAGGGAGAUAUUUUUGCUGGAGGGGCAGCAGGGGAGGAAGAAGGCGCAGUGGCACAAUCAGCAGAGGCAGCAGAAGGAGGGGGUUGGCGGAAACGCAGCAGCAGUUGGUGGGGGGUGUGGAAAGACAAGAUAGAGAUGGAGAUGGGGCGACUUCUGUCGUUUGAGGAGUUUGUGCGACUGCUGGGGGAUGCCUGGGACGAGGACAGGCGCUGGUUCCUUGACGAGCAUAUUGCCCCCCAGGAAGCAGGCAUUGAUGUUCCAUACCCGAACCCCCUUCUCUGUGCUCCACCCCCCUCCUCCCCUCCCCACCGCCUCCUCCCCUCACACACACCUUCACCCCUCCCACAUCAGAAACCCCUUCCCAAUGCUCCACCUCCCUCCGUCCCUCUGCUUCCCUCUCUAACUCCUCCCCCCGCAACCCACAGAACAUCCUGUAACAUCCUGUGUGGGCUGGACCGCAUACGCUACGACUAUGUGGGGCGCUUUGAGAGCAUGGACGCGGACGUGAAGGCCCUCAUGCACCGCUUUGGGAGGGACCCGGGCGACGCCUUUGACUUUGGCAAGAAGAUCCACCCCACCAAGUCCAGAGACCAGCUUCCAAAUUUGUUCAAGAAUAAGGAGACGUACGACAUUGUGAGGCGAGUGUACGGCAUGGACAUGCACGCGCCUUUGAACAACAUCUCCUACGCUCCCCCCGAGGAGCUCCGGAGAAUCUUCGAAGAGGGGGCGGGCAGAUGA